UGAAAACAAUUAUCGAUACCGAUUGGAGCUGUCAUCAAGUUGCAACCCUAUAGAGACGCCGGGACUUCUUGGUGUAAAGAAAAAACGAAAAAGGGCUGUCUUUUUAAUCGCCGCAAAGAAUCCCGAAAAACGUGAAUUUACCACCGAAAACGGAGCUCCGGCUGAAAGACCUACGUGUACCGCAGGAAAACGAGGAACACCACGAACAAAGAUGUCGGACAUCUCCAGCGAGGACCUGCGUCGUGAAAUUCAGGCGGUGCUGAAGGACGCCGAUUUGGCCACCAUUUCGGCAAAGAGGGUGCGCGAGCAGGUGGAGGGGAAGCUAAACUGCUCCCUGCUGAGCCGCAAGAAGGAGUUUGACAAGAUCGUGAUGGAGGUGAUUAACGAGCAGCAGGACGAGGAGGAUGAGGACGAUGACGACGGCAAGGAUCCCGAUGCCGAUCCCGACGAUGAGAGCGAGCCCAGCGAGGAGGAGGACCCCAGCAGCAGCGAGGAAGAGGCCCAGAAGAAGAAGAAGCCGGGCCCCAAGAAGAGGCCACAGCCCACGAAGCACAAGGCACCCAAGAAGAAGCGCAAGACCCUUAAUGCCGACGAUUCCGGCACCGAGAGCGAUGCCGGCUCGGACUCUGACUACGAGGUGGUCAAGAAGCCGGCGGCCAAGAAAAAGACCAAGGCGGCCGGAGGAGCAGGAACGGGACGUAAGAGCACCGGCUUCACACGAGCAUACAAUCUCUCACCGGAACUGAGCGCCCUCAUGGGUGAGUCCUCCCUGCCGCGCCACGAGGUGGUGAAGAAGGUGUGGGCCAUCAUCAAGGAGCGGGAUCUGUACGAUCCCAAGAACAAGCAGUUCGCCAUCUGCGACGACGAGCUGAUGAAGGUGAUGAAGAUCCGCCGGUUCCGCACCUUUGGCAUGCUGAAGCAUCUUAAGCCGCACUUUCUCGACUAGAUCCGCCCUCCGAUCCCCUCCAGAUGCAAAUAUAUGUGUACGCCUCUCAGCCAGCCUGGUUUACCAAUCCCCCUGUAACUUUCGGCUCCGCUUGGAUUUGUUUGUUCCGCAACCUUUGAUUAAGAUUUAGUUGACGCAUGUGUUUAGCAUUAACCUAAUUAGGACGGGUUUGAUAUGCACUUUACGGCAUUUUAAGAAGAGUUCAUGCCACAAGCGCAAGAUGAACGGGAAAAUUAUAUAAAAAACGAUUGUAAUACAUAACGUGUAUGAUUUUUUAUGACAAACUCGUGUAGUUUACAUUUUAUAAAGUAUCAAAGAAAAACAUAACAAGUUUAAGGCAAGUAUCGAGUAAUAAAAAGAGAAAUAGACGAGUGAUGCAUCUGAAAAAUA